GGGGCUAUCCCCGCCGGGCUAUAUAAGCGGCGCAGGAGGAGCGCUCGGCCUCUGUCUGCUGCCGAGCGGAGCUGAGGCUCCGCCCCCACGAUGCCGGUCGCCCGGAGCUGGGUGUGCAGGAAAACCUACGUGACCCCGCGGCGACCUUUCGAGAAAUCCCGAUUGGAUCAGGAGCUGAAGCUGAUUGGUGAGUAUGGGCUGCGCAACAAGCGGGAGGUCUGGCGCGUCAAGUUCACGCUGGCCAAGAUCCGGAAGGCAGCUCGAGAGCUGCUGACGCUGGAUGAGAAGGAUCCAAGGCGGCUGUUCGAGGGUAACGCUCUGCUCCGGCGCCUGGUGCGCAUUGGGGUGCUGGACGAGGGGAAGAUGAAGCUGGAUUACAUCCUGGGGCUGAAGAUCGAGGACUUCCUGGAGCGUCGGCUGCAGACUCAGGUCUUCAAGCUGGGCCUGGCCAAGUCCAUUCACCAUGCGCGGGUGCUGAUCCGGCAGCGCCACAUACGUGUCCGUAAGCAGGUGGUGAACAUCCCCUCGUUCGUGGUGCGCUGCAAUGGGGUCCCCAUUGACACCCAAUGGUACCUCCCAGUCCUCCAUUCCCUCCGCUCGGCCUGUUCCAUUCCCCUCACGACCCGCGGGGGGGGCCGCGUUGAUCUCGGCCGUUCUUGGCCCGUUUUUAACGGGGUUUUCGGUGUUUUUGGGGUUCCCGGUGUAACCGGUCACCCCCCGUUAGUGUCCGUAAGCAGGUGGUGAACAUCCCCUCGUUCGUGGUGC